AUGAAGCGCUUAAGACAUUUCCUGGCACUACUUUCGUUGGUGGUGAUGAUAUUGAUAUGUUCUGAGAGUAAAGUUAACGGUGUUGAUAUUCCUUUGGAGUGGAUAUCUUAUGUUCAGAAAAUAACACAACAAUUCGACAGGGAACGAUGGUCCCCAGUAUGUAUUCCAUAUAAAGAAAUUCCAAUAAAAAAUAUGCACACGGUCAUGGAGGCGACACCAAUUGUUAUUUACAAUUUUAUUCCUGAUAUUAUUAUAUGGGAUCCACUUAUACAGUACCCUACACUGUGUGACGUUAUAAAAAAAUGCUUGGCCGAGAAUUGCGAACAUAUCAUGGAAAGAAAAGAAUGGCAGAACGGACGAAAUACAAAUGCAAUGCCAAGACUUGUACACGGAAUUGACGGAGUUGUACUGCUAGUAAGUAGGGUGUACCUUUGCAGCUCUGGCCAUCGGUAUCUUAGCCAUGAUGAACGACUUCUAGGAAGAUUACCAUCUCAGAAUCAUAUACCAUUUAUAUUAUCCCACCGAUCUGGUCUUACAAUACAGUGUCUCUCAUUGGUCGUGUCACUCAUCAGCAAGGGGAAUAAAAUCUCAACAGUAGAAGACGCUUUACGUGAAACACGAAGAGAAACAUUCUAUCAUAAGGUUCUGUGUUCUUUUGAACUUAGUGGGAAGACUGAAACAAACAGCAACAUUUUCAAGUUUGAGAAUUCAAUAAAUGGUAGGUUAUGUCCUGGAAGUAAGAUUUUAUUGUCAUCAUUUCUUCAGAACUUCUGGAAGUACGAGGUUUAUUAUCGGAAGCGAAUGCACGAAAUAGGCAUUUAUGAAGAUUGGAUCUGCUGCGAUCAUACAUUUAAAUCUGUUACAAACGUUGGAAUAUACCAAAAUCGCGAUAAAGAUGGCUUAAAAUGGGUCAAGCAAUUUAAAUCUCUUUUUAUAGUACUCAAUGAUAUCGGACAAGUGUUAUCUUGGCAAUUAGCAGACGAUACUUCGCACGAUACGGUUAUAGAUACAUUUAAAGAAAUCAAUCAAAGAUUAAAAGCUAAAACAAAAACACUUAAAGAAGUAUAUGUUGAUGAUUGUUGCAAAGUGAGAAAUAAGUUGCAAUGUGUUUUCGGUAACACAGUUGCAGUAAAACUUGACUUAUUUCAUGCAAUACAGAGGAUUACAAAAAAAACUUCAAAACGACACUCACUAUUCUAUGAUUUUGUAGGGUCUUUAAAACAUGUUUUUAGAGACUCGCGUGAUUUGGGCGACGCGAGACUGCUAUCUACGCCAAAUCCAGAAAAAUUAAGAAAUAAUUUAGAUGCUUUUGUUCGACGAUGGAGCAACGUAAAGUCGCAUGAUGGUAAAAUCAUUUUAACACCACAAGUUCUGGAGGAAAUUAAUAAGCUUAGACCCCACAUUACCAAAGGUUGUCUGUCGUAUAUAAGACCUGGAAUAGGGACAAAUAGAGAUGAAUCAUUACAUAAAAGAAUUAAUAAUUUUAUGAAAUAUUCCAAGGUUGGAACAGAGUUUGCGUACGCCCUUCUUAUGUCUGUAUUUGAUCAUUAUAAUGAAGAUGUGAAAAAGCCGUCUGAGCGACAAAGUAGUCUUCAAUACGUCACAGAACAUAUAAUUGAUCCAAAAAAAGAGUCUGUUUCAAUGCCACCUAAAUUUGGAUUAACAACUCCGCCAAGAUCAACUGAUUUAUGCACUGAACUAGAAGAAAGAGAAUCAAGUGAGGAAGACAAUGAUAUUUCUGAUAGUAGUUUAAUCGAAAUAUUAGAGAAUGUUAAAGUUUUAUCACAGAUCGUAAGAGAAAUUAAAGAAAAAAGUGUAAACAGAGCAAUAUUUAAUGAACGAUAUAUACCAUUUAUGAACUCGGCAACUUCUUUGUUUUAUCACAAGAAAAGUCGCGCUGGACAUUACGAUUCUGUAGUUUGGAAUGAUGUUGGGGAUAGCAGUCAAUCUUGGGAAAUCGAACAGUCCCGCUGUCACUGCAUCAACACCAACUGA